AUGUCCUCGUCAUCACGAUCCCGCUCCUCAUCGCCCUCAUCACAACCCGACAUGCCGCGCAUCCCAGACCAUAUCAUCGUUACAUUCGACGGCCAGACGAGAGAAAUCAUGCGCAUAGCGGCCGAGGGCGGCACGGACGAAUUCGGGGGGCCGGCCGCGGUAUUAUCAGCGCGAGGAGAGGGAGGAGACUGA